AUGCCGAAAGGCGGCAAAUCGUCGCUAACGCCGGUUUGGGCAGGCGUUCGCGAAGAUCUUUACGCAUUUCUUCGAAUAUUUCUAGUCCAUAAACCAAUAGUAUACUCGCAUUUUAAAGCAUUAUUCCAAGCGCAUGGAAUGCCGACGAUAUUCAACGGACGGCAUGAUGGCGCAGAAUGCAUUGAGGAGCAACUUUACGGAUUGUAUAUUACCUACACUUUUUACUACCUACAAAGCGCCAACUAUGUCGUAAAAAUUCGCAUGGAUCCCGAUGGAAUUCAAAGUUUUUUAAAAUUGUCGCAAAAAUUGAAAAAUUCUGGCCAUUUUGAUGCUUAUGCGUGUACGAUGAAACUAAUCCAUGACGAAGCAAUCAAAGUCGUAGCCUUUGUGCAAAUUCAUGAUCCAUCUUAUAAGAAAACCUACGAUGUUGAUAACAGCUUUGAUGAUAUUUUAACGGUUACCAACGUAAAUGAACCAUUUUCGAGUAUUUCUCGGAUUUUGGAAUCGGACAAUGCAAACGCUGCGAAAAUGCUCUAUCGAGUUUAUAACGAGCAUAAACGGCUUUAUUUGAGCAAUAAGGAUUUGAUGGCAUUUUUAUCCAAAGAUCCAAUAAAAGAAAUCGAAGAGACAAUAGCGACAAAGACGAAAAACUUCUUCUUGGCCAGCCAUCGUCAGAAUGUUGAUAAAUUGAAGGUCAAGAUCCCUUCAGCUGAAUCUGAAUUAUCGAAUAUUGGCCAUCGUCGGACGAGCAUCAAAGAGCGCACGUAUGGAGCGAAAUUGACAUUCGCGCAGAAUCAACGACAUCGCAAAAACGGAUUGCAGAAUGCCCACGAGCAGGUUUCCUUUGAGUUUGCGGAUCUACCUCCAGUGGAACGCGAGGUGGAAAUAACUGAAGCGUCCGAUACUUACGCGAACGAGGCAGUCGUGGAUGACGAACCUAUGGAAUUGGUCAUCGAAGAUGAGCUACCAGUGGAAAAUGAAGUUAUUAAAAAAGGAGAGAUUACCCUUGAUAAUAAGAAUAGUCCAUCUUCGAAUGUGAAACUUGAAAAUGAUCAGAACUCGUUAAUGGCUUCUGUAUUCGAAGAAUCGUUGCGAAUGGCUAAUGAACUGAAGAGAUCUCAAAGUGUUGAUAAUAAUAAUAAAGAUUCAAAUGGCAUUUUGAAAGACGAGAAAGAGAUGGCGAAAAAACAACGCGAGGCAAAGAAAAGCGUCUCGUUUAACGAUUUGGCUGAAGAUAAAUUUAUUCCACUGGAAUUUGAUGUGAAUAUUCAUGACGAGUUCAGCGAAAAGAAAGAGAAUGAUGAAGAUGAGAUAGGCGUAAUGGAAAUUGAUGAAUCUGACGAAUUUGAGAACAGGUUCGAUGUGUUUGAUAAUAUUGAAAAACGCAGCAAUGCGGUUUCCAAUGACGAAUCUUCGAAAAUGCCAGUAAUUGAUAAUGAAGUCACAUCUAAUGCAGGACGAAAUGAAGAGAAUGAGGUGUUCAAAGAAAAUGAUGAAGAUCAAUCAACUUCUUUAUCAAUUUCUCUAGUGGAAGAAAUUUCAAGCAAACAUCCAUCGAAUCAGUCUGCAGAUUGUAUGGCUUUCACGUCCAACAUGUCUAGCAUUCGUAAUAUGACUGAAAACGAAAAUGACAUUGAGCCGAAUCUCGAAAUAUGUGAUGGUGAGAUGGUCGAUGAUUGCGCCAGCUCCGACAAUAUCGAGUAA